AUGAAGAUCACGCUCCUCACGACGGGCCUUGCGCUUGCGGCUGCCUCGCCGCUCAACCACUUUCGCCACAUCGAGUCGGACCAAGUCGACGCGUGGGGCCAAUGCGGCGGCAAGAACUACCAAGGCGACAAGGCGUGCACGAGCGGCUUCUACUGCAAGCCCAUCAACGAGUGGUUCUCGCAGUGCCAGCCCGGCGGUGACAACGAGGUCGGCGUUUGGGGCCAAUGCGGCGGGAAGAACUACACCGGCUCGACCAAGUGCACAGCCGGCAACACGUGCAAGGCCUGGGACGAGUGGAACUCGCAGUGCGUCCCAAGCAACGACUCGCCGUCGACGCUGCCGUCGAGCUACGUGGCGUCCGACGGCGUCUGCUUUGACAAGUGCCAAGGCGACACGGACGUUGAGACCUCGGGCAUUACAUCUUUCGAAGCGUGCGUCAACGAAGCCAACGCGCGCGGCAAGUGGAACGCGGUCUGGGACGGCAAGACUUGCCUCGUUCUCUCGACCGUCUACACGUACAAGAUGGACCCGGCCUGCAAGAGCGCGGCCAAAUUUGACUCGGAGAACUUUUCGUGCGUCGGCAACGCGAACUACAACGGUUUUGACAUUGGCAACAUGCAGACGCGCUUCAGCCGCUGCCUCGACUCGUGCAAGUACUACACGUCGGGCGGCAAGAACUGCAACGCCGUCACGUUUGUACAGAACCCCGGCCAGAACUACGGCACGUGCUUCCUCAAGUCGAUCGACACCAGCGCCACGCCCGGCAAGAGCGACCUUGGUGCCACGGCCUGCAAGAUGACCAAGUAG